GGGCUACCCUGAAGGGCUGGUUUGUGUUUCUUCAGGGCUGUGGCUCUUUAUGGGAAGGAGCCGGAUUCUAUUUGGGCAGCCAGCCUCAACAGGAGAAGCCUGCACAAGCUGAGGUGGCUGAUGAAAGAUGGCUCCCAGAUGAGGCUCAUGCGAGGAGACAAGAUGGAGACAAGAGGUUUGGGCCGUGUCUAGGAAUUCAUUAGCAUCCGUAAUCCCAGGGAGAUGGAUGCUUGCGUGACUGAGCGGGGAAUGGAUGGAAGAAUGAUCCCACGGCGCCAGCAGCAGGACUUGGGAUAAAUCUCUCAGCAUCAGGGACUCGUCCAUCCGUUGGCUUCGGAGCUACAGAGGACUAUUGGUGAGACCGAAUGACCAAGACAACCUAUUUGGAUGACAACUUCUAGGAUCCCCAGCUGGUUGGGGUGUCUCUGGACAUGGCCUGUAUUUCCCUCUGGCCCCUUGAGCUACCCAAGACGUUCCUUCAUGGCUGGCAUGCUCCUGAACAUGUAUCAAGUUGUUUUCCUUGGGUUGCGAAGUUACCACUGCCUCACCUCGGCUCACCUGGGAGCUUUAGCCACAGAAAUGACUUACAUGUCCAGGGCCCACCGAAGAAGCCAUGUGUCGCUCUUAGGGUCUGCCUCCUUCAGCGCUGCUCUCCUCCCGGCCACGUCCUGAGAAUGCGCUGCUCUUUCGUCCCACCUGCUUUUCUUCUCUUUCUGGCAUCCACGGCAUCCUUCCCGAAGGACUUGAGUCCCCUCAGCACAGUUGGGGUGCCAGGAACAGCCCGGUAUCCAUAUUUCCGAGGCCUUGCAGGCGACAAUGACACGGCACAGCUCGGCCCGGAUUUCCAGAGCAUGUUGCGACUCAACCAGACCCUUCUCAUUGCUGGCCGUGACCAUGUCUAUGCCUUUGAUCUCCGAAGGACAAAGGACAACUUCUCUCCAUCCCGGCAUUUCACAUGGAAGACUCAGGACAUGGAGAACUGCGCGAUGAGAGGAAAACUGCGGAACGAAUGCUACAACUACAUCAAAGUCUUGGUUCCCAAAAACAGCCAAAGCCUCUUGGCCUGUGGCACAAAUGCCUUCAACCCUGUUUGUCGGACCUACAAGAUCAGCACCUUGCAGCAAGAAGGGGAAGAGCUGAAUGGACAAGCCCGGUGCCCUUUUGAUGCAAAGCAAGCCAAUGUGGCUCUUUUCACAGAUGGGAAUCUGUAUUCGGCCACGGUGGCUGACUUCCAAGCCAGCGAUGCAGUGAUUUAUCGAAGUUUGGGGGAACGGAGUCCUGUGCUCCGGACAGUCAAAUACGACUCCAAGUGGCUGAGAGAACCCCACUUCCUACAUGCUCUGGAAUACGGAGACUACGUCUACUUCUUUUUCCGUGAGAUCUCCAUGGAAUACACCACUCUUGGCCGGGUUAUAUUCUCACGUGUGGGAAGGGUCUGUAAAAACGACAUGGGAGGCUCUCCUCGAGUGCUGGAGAAAUACUGGACGUCCUUUCUGAAAGCCCGGCUCAACUGCUCUGUGCCUGGGGAUUCCUUCUUCUACUUUGAUGUCCUCCAGGCCGUCACGGAUGUCACACUGGUGAACGGAAGGCCAGCCAUUUUUGGAGUGUUCACCACCCAGUCGAACAGCCCCCCAGGCUCAGCUGUCUGUGCCUUCUAUAUGGACGAAGUGGAGAGAGUGUUCAGUGGGAAAUUCAAGGAACAGAAGAAUGCAGACGCCGCGUGGACCCCCAUCCCCGAGGAGAAGGUACCCAAACCCAGACCCGGUGGCUGUGCAGGCAUCGGCGAAGCGGCUGGUUACAAAACAUCCAACGAUUUCCCUGAUGAGAUGCUGGCCUUCAUCAAGUCUUUCCCUCUGCUGGAUGAAGCCGUACCAUCCAUCACGGAGCGGCCGUUGUUUACUAAGACGAGCAGCAGGUAUAAGCUGACCCGUCUGGCCGUCGACACGACAGCUGGGCCCUUUCAGAACUACACGGUUCUUUUCCUGGGCUCGGAAGACGGAGCUGUGUUGAAGGUCCUCACCGGAACCACCAGGAACUCCACCGUGGAGGUGGUGUUGCUGGAAGACCUUUCAGUCUACCAUCCCUCCCGGUGCAGCAUCAAGAAAGAGGAUCGACGGGUCCUGGGUUUCCAGCUGGACAAAGCAAACCAUGCUUUGUACGUGGCUUUCUCGGGCUGUGUUGUGCGGGUGCCGCUCAGCCGCUGCUCUGCCUACAGCGCCUGCCGGAGGAGCUGUCUGGCUUCCCGCGAUCCUUAUUGCAUUUGGUUGCGUACUGGAGCUUGUGCGGCGUUCAGCAGCGAGUUCAGAAGUGGUUUUGAACAAGAUGUUGAAAACGCAGCCAAGUACACGGGGAACUGUCAAGAUGUCGUAACGGCUCCUGGAAAUCAGGAUGGUGCCAGCGAUUCUGCCUACGGGUUGAUGCCGACCACCACGGCCAGCGCCGCUUUCUCCGUCUCCUUUCCGGAGGCGCCCCGGGGGCCUCUCCCCGCUAGCAUGGCUCCUGACGCCCACCCGGCCCCUGGCGCUGGGGGGCCCCGCUCCACCCUCCACGUGGCUGUGAGCACCCAGGGAGUGAGGCAGGAACCGGAAGGGAAAGAUGGAUCCAAAACGGUUCACUUCACCUUCCUGAUCGGCUGCAUUUUCGUGGCCUUCGUCUUGGGGGCCUUUCUGUCGGGGCUUUUUGUCUCCUGUUAUUGCAACCACAGUUUCCAGAAGGCCAAGCACAGCGGCAAAGACCCCGAGAACAGCGUCCAGCGCCCGCUCUCCCUGCGCAGCCUGGCCAAGAUGAACGGCCUGCUGGAGAACCCGGCCAAAGAAGGCCUGAUGGAGGCCAACACCACCAAGCUCUACACCACCCUUCUCCCCAACGAGAAGGAGCCGUCCAACGCCACAGCCAAGGCCGGCGUCAAAGAGCACCCUGAACUCUCCGGCUUGCCCACGCCCGAAUCGACGCCGGAGCUCCCUUUGAAGAACAUGAAAGCCAUCCGGAACCAGUGGGAGAAAAACCAGAACUUCAAUAACGCGAAGGAGUCGCAGGGCAGAGGCGCCUUGUUCCACACCCCGGUCCCCAACGCCCACGCGUUCCCCUUCCCUGGCGCCAUGGCCGUUCCUGGCCACCUGCAUGGCUACGACGCCCCCUUGGCCGGCUACCUGGACGAGAAAAAGAUCCCGAACUCGGAGCGGGUCGUGGUGCGCCAUUCCCAGUGCUACCUGCCCAAAGGGGUGGAGGUGACGACGCUGGAGGAACUGCUGAAACACCUCCACGAGACCAGCAGCUCCCCCAAAGUCCUGGGCGGCCUCCCUGUCCACUUCCCGCCCGGGAGUCAGGCUUCGGCCAUGUCCUUCGCCAACCGCGUGCAACCCAAGAUCCCCGAUGUCGAGAGCGCCCCCUAUUACAGCUCCUCUACGUUGCCACGAGACAGCCUGCCCCGGAGGCUGGAUGUCCCUCCUGAUCCGCCGCCACCGUCGUCCUGCCUGGAGAAGCCCAGCAGGCACCACCCUGUUCACAGACACUCGCUCUGCACAGCGCCAAAGCUAGUGAACGUUGGGGGCGGCGGGGCCACCGGCAGCGGGGCCCUGCUGUCUCGGCACCACAGCCUCAGCCAGGCGGGGAGGCCGCCGCCGUCCCUCCUCACCCGCAUGCACUCUACGGGGACCUCAGUACCCCAGGAGGGACACCAUGCCAUCUUUCUCUCCAGGCAGCACAGUUACGGCGACCAGGUUUCGCUCCCCACCCACGGCGGGAUGAAGCGGUCGGUCUCCCUCAUUAAGCCCGGCACACCUUCCCAGCCUCUCUUCAUGCCUUCGUCUCCUCCAGCCCAGUCGUCGGGGCAGUUUAAUUAUUGAGCCAACUGGGGGGGGGUCAAGGGGUCUUGUUUAUGACUCGGACCUGGUGCUGCAGAGUUCCCAGGGCCUGCCGUCUCACCACCUGGGCUGCUGUUCCAAAAUGGAAGGCAGGUGGAGGGGGAAGCGCUCUCCCCGCAACCCUGGGGGGGGCAGAAAUCCCAGCGUGCCUUGCAAGAGGGAGGGGCAUGCAGAGACCGAGAAACGGUGGGAGGGGCAUCCUGGACUGGCUGCCUCAUCCCAUUGGCUGCCUUCUGCUCUGUUAGGCGGCUUCCGUGGCCUAUCCGGACAUCCUGAGGGACCCCCUGAGCAUCUUGCCAAAGUAUGGGAACACCACCCCCUUUUUUCCUCUCUCAUUGUUCAGGAAGGGAGUGUUUCGGCAAGAUUCUGCCCACAUCCAGUGCGCACAAUUUAAUUAUGCAAACAAGGUUUCCCUCAUCUAUCAAAAUGAAUCAUCUCUCCAUCCCCCCACACACCUUUUUCAUAUUUUUCUUCUUCCAGACAUUGAAAAUUUAGCUUUGAGCAGGUUCAGUUCUCACAAAGCUAGAUGGGUAAAGAAACAAAAGCCAGGCAGAUGUUGGCCCUGAAAUGUUUUGGGCUGUAUCUUGGUCAUCAUGAGGACUAGAAACAUGUCCCUUUUGAAAACUGGGGUUUAGAAUAUCAGAUGUCUGUGCACCUUUUGGGCAAUAAGGAAAUGAGUAAGUUUAAUAUCUCAGAGGGAUCAAUCAGGUCCUGCUCUUGGGAUUGGGCUUUCUGGGGUCCUUGAGCUUAGUUUUCCAUCUCGGUUUGGUUUUAUUCAUUUCUUACUGAUGAUGCCUUCUUCCGAAAGCCACAGCAUUUUAAAGCAGGCCUGGGAAAGCAUGGCAGGUUUUUAUAUCAGCCUCUCAAAGUGAGGACUCUUGUCAUGGCCUCCUUGGACAUGAGCCACGAGCGUCUGCCUGUCCGGCAUCUUUCAUUUGGUUCAAAAUCUGCUUUGAAACCCAGGAGGCAGCCUCCCAGACCACAAAUGUAGCACUUCCACACACACCCCAGGCCCUCCCUCAAGACCCGAAGGUGAGUGUCCUUACGUUGGGCAUCCCUCGUGGAAAUGUGAAGCAGACCGAAAAACCUGAGCCCUCCCGCUUUGGGACUCGAUGUUCGCCGGAUCCGUUCGCGGGAGUCAGCGGCCGCUUUCAGCAAUCGCAGCCCUCGUCAUCACCUGCAAUCUGAUUUUGGCGCUGGACCCUAGACAGGGGACGAUGUCAUGGGUCCUCGCCCACCUCGUGCCGUUCUGGAUUAACUCUUGAACAAGAAUAUUUGUGGUGCCUGCGUCGCACGGAUCCAACUUCCUUCAGGAGAGGAGAAUGUAACACUGGUAACUCUCUUUAACUACCCGCCAAAAAUGAAAGCAGGGCCCUUCUCCUUCAACCCGGAUUCUGUCCUUCCCACCAUGUUGAAAAGAGGCACUGAAGAAGCUCCCUCUCCUGGGGUGGGGGUGGGGGGCCGCGUCGGGAGGGUUUAGUUGGUGCACCGCUGCCUUACAUGGAGCAGUCCCAAAUCUGCCCUUCUGUCAGCCACGCUCAAGCUAUUCCUCUCCUGCUUGGCGUUUCUCUUCCCAACCUAUUCGAUGGCCAAGAAGAGGCAGCAGAGAUUUGUCAGCUUAAGACACACAGACCUCCCUGUAUUCCUUCAAUUCCUUAAUUGCAAAUCAAGUCCACCCAAGUUUCUGAUCCACAAAAAAAUCGAGUGGGCUUGUUUCCCAAAGUUUUUGUCCCAGCUGUACUUGGUCACUGGCAGCAAGGAACAAAGAGUGAUUUUUUAAAAUGCAAGAAGUAACUUGUUACCCGUUUACAGGCAUUAUCCUAUCCAGCUUGGUCAUCCCAUUGUUUCUAACUCACCAGAGGCAAGCAAGGGCAUGGGUUUUGAGAAAGGAAGCCCCACAUUUUUCUUAGGGGAAUUCUUUUAUGGGUUAGAAGGGCUCCCCCUUCUAACCUUAAAAGAAUUCCCCUAAGAAAUCUUUUCUAAUACACAAAAGUUUGGCUCCGUUUAUGUGAGUCUGUAAAUUUGCUGGACAAAUCCUUCCUGGACUUGAUCGGAAGCCGGGCAAGGUGGAAAUUUCUCUGAAGACUUCCAUGAACCGUGGCUUGUUGGGCUAGCCCUUGUUUGUCCUUCUUCAAAUGCAAAACUGAAGUUGUUGUUUUUCUUGUUUUGUUUUAGGAGGGCAGGGGAAAUUGAGAGUUUGACCAGCACUGCAAAAACCCAUCCUGAUUUUUUAAAUCGCACAUGCGGGGUGGUGGUGACAGAGUUCAUGUUAUCCUCCUCGGACCACCUUUUAAAAAUCAUGUACAUAAGUAUAGAUAUUUGUGUAUAUUUCAUUAUUUAACUUCAUAUAAGAGAAGUAAAAAAAAAGAAUAAAAAUAUGUGAAGAAAUUAAUCCUACUGUGUAGGAAAUUGGCAAGCCAGUGCAUGCUUUGGUAGCACUGAGGAGCUGUAAAUUUGGUACCUCCAAGGACCAUCUGAGCUGAUGAUGCUUGAAAAAAAUAUAAUCUCUUUGUGUCUUGAAAAACUGUGCAUUUCUUUCUGUAUUAAUUUCUUUUCUUUAUUUCUGGAGGAUUGGGGAUGUUUACUAUGAAUGAAGAAAUGUGAGUAAAUAAGGCAAACUUUGUUUAUGAGUGUAGUGAAAUAGUAACAAAUUCUGUUUAGUCCUGCUUCCAAGAGGGAUCAGUCAGAGGUCUAUAAAGAGAACUGACUUGAACAGCGUCAACCCCACCCAACAGGUUUUUCCAGUUGACUGCUCCUGAACACAGAGGUUCUAUUUAUUUGCCAAGAUUAAGAGCUAUCACCAAACUGCUUCCUUUUCUAUGCAGUUUUCUAAUCCUUACAAAAAUCCAUCUAAAAGGGGUGACCAUCAUCCCAAAUUGUGC